AAACUGCACCACGUCAACUCUUCUCGCCAUGGGAAAGAAGGAUCCAAUGCUACCGGCUGUUUGCCAUCAUCAACUGAGAACCGGUACGGUACGGUCUUGGAGUCUUCCAGCCCUGAACUGUCCACAAAUAGCGUUGGUAGCUCUGAAGCAGGAUCUACCCCCUUCCCAAGGUUCUACCCACCCCGCCGCCUGUCGCAAGAUAACCAAAGAUGAAGCCUGUUUCCUUGAUUCUGUCAUUGCUACUGUUGGGGCCCUUGGCAGAGGCGUUUCAGUCAGCCCAUGGGGUGUUCUCGAGUAGAACAUUGAGCCACGAUCAGAAGAGAAAUGAGAAGCAUUUGACGGUAUUGGCAUCCACCAAGAAUAGCACCACCGAAACAGAAGAAAAUCUCUCUGGUCUCGUCAAUGGGAUGCUCAAAACACACCGAGAGAUGGCCAAAGAAGUGGCGGAACUCAGUGCGCUCAACAAAGAGGACAUGCCAAAGCCAGGAACCGACGGCAUCUACCGAAUGGUCAAUGAAAAGCAGUUCCGGUGCGUACCGUAUACCAUAAAGAAGGGGGCCAGAUGGAUAAAGAUUGGGGCCUGA